UGUGAUCAUCAUCUUCUUCACAUCUCAACUACUCUCCGCAACAAACAAACAAUCACAAUCAUGUAUGUGAUAAAAAGAGACGGACGGCAAGAGGCGGUGCAUUUCGACAAAAUAACCGCUCGAUUGAAGAAACUCAGUUACGGACUCAGCAUCGAACACUGUGAUCCGGUGCUUGUGUCGCAGAAGGUGUGUGCUGGCGUAUACAAAGGUGUUACUACUAGCCAGCUUGAUGAACUCGCCGCGGAAACCGCCGCUGCGAUGACUGCUAAUCAUCCUGAUUAUGCUUCUCUGGCUGCAAGGAUUGCGGUAUCGAAUCUGCAUAAGAACACGAAGAAAUCAUUCUCUGAGACAAUUAAAGACAUGUACUUUCACGUCUGUGAGAGAUCUGGGAAGAAGGCUCCCCUUAUUGCAGAUGACGUUUAUGAAAUCAUCAUGAAGCAUGCUGCUAAGUUGGACAGUGAGAUUAUAUACGAUCGGGACUUUGAUUAUGAUUAUUUUGGUUUUAAAACCCUUGAGAGGUCAUAUCUAUUGAAGAUUGGAGGGAAGGUUGUUGAAAGACCUCAACAUAUGUUGAUGAGGGUUUCGGUUGGGAUUCACAAAGAUGACAUUGAUUCGGUAAUCAAGACUUAUCAUUUGAUGUCACAGAGGUGGUUCACUCAUGCUUCUCCCACCCUAUUCAAUGCAGGGACACCAACACCUCAAUUGAGUAGCUGUUUCCUGUUAUGCAUGAAAGACGAUAGCAUUGAGGGCAUAUACGAUACUUUGAAGGAAUGUGCUGUUAUCAGCAAAUCAGCAGGUGGAAUUGGUGUCUCUAUUCAUAAUAUCCGUUCAACUGGAAGUUACAUACGUGGAACAAAUGGUACAUCCAAUGGCAUUAUCCCAAUGCUGCGUGUCUUUAACGAUACUGCUCGAUAUGUUGACCAAGGAGGUGGCAAGAGAAAGGGUGCAUUUGCUAUUUAUUUGGAGCCAUGGCAUGCUGAUGUAUACGAGUUUCUUGAUUUGAGGAAAAACCAUGGAAAGGAAGAGCAACGGGCUCGGGAUUUGUUUUACGCUCUUUGGGUACCUGAUCUGUUUAUGGAGAGAGUUCGGAGUAAUGGCACGUGGUCUCUGUUUUGUCCAAAUGAGGCUCCUGGUUUGGCUGAUUGUUGGGGUCAAGAGUUUGAGAACCUCUAUACCCAAUAUGAAAAACAAGGAAAAGCUAAGAAAGUUGUUCAGGCACAGGAUCUUUGGUUCACUAUUAUGACAUCUCAGAUAGAAACAGGGACCCCUUACAUGCUCUUCAAGGACACUUGUAAUAGAAAAAGCAAUCAACAGAAUCUGGGUACCAUAAAGUCUUCAAAUCUUUGUACUGAGAUUAUUGAGUACACAAGUCCAACAGAAACUGCUGUAUGUAAUCUGGCAUCCAUUGCAUUACCGCGAUAUGUUCGAGAAAAGGGAGUUCCAGCAGAAUCUCAACCGUCAAAGCUUGUUGGUAGCCAAGGUUCUAGCAAUCGAUACUUCGAUUUUGAUAAACUAGCUGAGGUUUGUUUCUUAUCCCUUCAUUCUUGGAAACUUACUUUCGGUUAUGCUUUUAGCAAUCUGAUCAUAAGUAUUUUGUUUGGGCAGAUCACAUCAGUAGUUACUACAAAUCUCAACAAAAUCAUUGAUGUUAACUAUUAUCCAGUUGAAACUGCAAAAAAGUCAAACUUACGGCACAGACCCAUCGGUAUUGGGGUUCAGGGUCUUGCAGAUGCUUUCAUACUGCUUGGUAUGCCCUUUGAUUCACCAGAGGCUCAACAGUUGAACAAGGACAUAUUCGAGACGAUAUACUACCAUGCUCUGAAGGCGUCAACCGAGUUAGCUGAAAAGGAAGGUACUUACGAAACAUACAAUGGAAGUCCCGUUAGCAAGGGAGUUCUGCAACCGGACAUGUGGGGAGUAACACCUUCAGAUAGGUGGGACUGGAACGCGCUUCGUUCAACGAUAGCCAAAAACGGUGUAAGAAACUCACUGCUUGUAGCCCCUAUGCCAACCGCUUCAACAAGUCAAAUCCUUGGAAAUAACGAGUGCUUUGAGCCAUACACCUCCAAUAUCUACAGUCGUAGAGUUUUAAGUGGUGAAUUUGUUGUAGUGAACAAGCAUUUGUUGUAUGAUUUGACCGAGAUGGGUCUUUGGUCCCCCACUCUUAAAAAUCAGAUCAUAUACGAGGACGGUUCUGUUCAGAAAAUUUCUGAAAUUCCUCAACAUCUGAAAGAGAUUUACAAAACUGUGUGGGAGAUCAAACAAAAGACGUUGGUUGACAUGGCCGUUGACCGUGGAUGCUACAUAGACCAGAGUCAAAGUCUAAAUAUACAUAUGGACCAACCAAACUAUAACAAGCUUACGUCUUUACACUUUCACGCUUGGUCAAAGGGGCUUAAAACAGGUAUGUACUAUCUGCGAUCGCGUGCUGCAGCGGAUGCAAUUAAGUUCACUGUUGAUACUUCCCUUCUCGACAAAAAGCGAAAGAUAGCGGAGGAUGGAAACGAAGAUGACAUCACAAAAAUGUCGAAGAUGGUGUGUUCGUUGUUGAACCGCGAGGAAUGUAUGGCAUGUGGAAGUUAAAGUUAUUUUAACUAUUUGGCUAGCUAAUGUGUUUAAUUUGCAUACGAUAGUAAGUAUGUUGGCAUAUGAUAUUGUAGAGUUGUAGUGUGUGUUUCGGUUUCCAGAUAUAGCUGUUUGGGAAGUAUUAUGUAUAGUGGCAUGGUGUGACUUGGUUUAUAAAUAUGUUUUAGUCUAUCUAUAAGUUUUUAUCUUAUUUAUUA